GGUAGGUAUAAAUACAUUAUUUCUUUGUGUUUCGUCCAUCGACCUAACAACAACUACUAAUCUACAUCUAUAGCACAGCUUGGAGAUACGCGUACUCUUCGUCAGACAACGAGUCGACGUCCGUGACGGCUACAUCCAGUGGCUCUAAAUCCAUCAGAAACGUGUCCAGCGAGUGAUGAUGACAAGCAAUGUCAGGGAUGACGUCGGCGAUGGUCAAGGAUGGGACGACUGGCGUCGAUCGGGGUUUCGGCACGUGCUGGAGGAUCGCUGCCGGCUUGGCUGCUCCUUUGGACUUCAUCGCAUUGUGGCGCUUAGCAGCUCGCAGCUCACACCGCCGCUUGGUCGCGUAUACCUUUUGCAAGGCGUUGGCUUUGGCUCGGUGGUGUUCACACAAGCGAUGGAGUGACCCGUCGCGCUUGAAUGUACGGAGGUUGGUGCACGUUUUGUACACGUAUUUGCAUGUGUGGUCAGUGGUGGCACUGGUUAACGAGGUGGUGCUGGUGCUGCUACGGGGGACGCUGGUGGUGGAUGGUUGAUGGGAUGGCAUCGUGGUGGCACGACGGGGGAUAAAAGAGUGAAUGGAAAUCAAUGAACAAAC